AGAUAUCCCAUUGUUCAUACAAAAUAAUCAUUGUGAGAAAUUAUAGUUAUAGUUGCUUGUAGUCAGUUGGUAAUAUUUGUUCUACUAGAAGACAAUUCAUAAAUGGAAAAAUGACUGUUUUCAGCAAACAGCAUCUUGAUGAGAUUUCCAAAAUUUAUAGCUGCCGGGAUAUGAUUCACCCUUGGGGAUCAACUUGUACCAAGGGCAACUUGAUAUUUUUUUACUCGGCUGUUAUAGGUGCAUCGAAAUUCUUUUUCGUGAUGUACACUUUCCAAUAUCUUUUUAUGUAUAAAAAGUUGACCAAAAAUCACAUACCAGUGAUAUUAAAGAGUUUCUUCAGGUCAAUGUUAAUGGCCACUAUGUACGCAAUAUGUUUUACAGCAAUAAACUGCCUAAAUGUGAAGAUUACAGGACGACUUAAUUUCAGCGUUCUCAAAUUCUGGUGCCCUUUCAUAUCAAGCUUCCCGAUAUUUCUUGACCAUCCUGUUCGGAGAUCGAUUGUAACUCGCACCUUCGUUGCUUUGGCUAUCGAAUGUGUGUUUCGUCGCUUAUAUAAGAGAUUCCAAAGAUCAAAAAAUCUUGAAAUGCUUUUUUUCAUGAUUUGCAAUGCUAUAUUUAUGUACACUAUCAGAUUACCAGUUAAGAAGAAAAGUGAAAUAUCCGUUAUGUGGUUUUUCAAACCGUCGAGGAUAAAAGAUGAUGACCAAAAUUGCAAGCACUUCUGUUCUCAUAGAAACACUUGCUGGGAUGAUAUAUUAAAAAACACAGCAAAGUACUUCACAAUUGGACUUGGGUUCUCCACUGUCAAAGUGCUAGUAAAAAGUCCUAAGCUCAUCCAAAAUCCAAUCAAGUUGGUCAAAACCAUGUUGAACUGGGAUAACUGCAGAAUUGCUAUAUUUGCAAGUUCUUAUGUCGCACUUUAUAAGAUAAUAAGUUGCUAUUUGUGCAAUACAAAUAAAAAAGAUGAUGAGAGAUUUGCGCUCAUAUCAGGCUUUGUAUCAGGGGUAGCCUAUAAGCUAAAUCCAAAUCUGACACUUUUAUCAUCUCUGAUGACAAUCCUUCUAUAUAUGGGAGGAGAGGAGACAAGAAAGAGAUUCAACCUGCCUAACUUCUGUUAUGAAGAAUUAGCCUUCAUUGUAUCAAAUACAUUGCUUCUUAGUACCAGAAUAAUAUAUCCAGAAGAUUGUCCAUCUUCUUUCAUUAAAAUCAUAGACAUGGGGACCAAUGGAAGAUCGGAUGAACUUUAUAAAAAUUUAAGACAUAAAAUAGAGCAAAUGGUAGUCAUUAAAUAAAUUUAAAUAUGAAAUAUAGCUUUCAUAUAUGUAUUUGAUAUAUGAAGAUAGGUUGAAAAUUUGAAGAUAAAUUUUGACAGACAACAUUAAUGUGAAUAAUGUAUAGUUCCUAAAAUAAAGAAUAUGUACAAAAUUAA